CAUUGCUCUAGACAGCCGCCGCCUGCACACAUCUUCCUCUUUCGUCUUCUUUCUAGCACCGAGACCACAGAACCAGCUCCAGCCCAACCCUGCCUCCAUAUCAAUAGACGGUGGAAUUUCAGAAUUGUAGCAGCGGCGAGAUUUCGCCAAAUUUGUCUUCUCGCUCUAGAUUAGUUUUGUUUCUCCUCUUCCCCUUCCCUCUCUCUAGCCGAGUCGAACUCCCAGUUUAAGGGUUUCGGAUUUUGAAUUUUGACCAGAUACAUUUAUGAGAAGCGAGAUGCGUAGUCUUUUCUGGAGGAGGCUAUGUACAUUUACAAGUGCGUUGACGUAAUCUACUGCGUGAUUUUUGUUGGUUUUUCCGGUGGUGGAAUACAAUCUCAAUGUACGGCAGUUUCCAAUAAGUUGUUUGAUUCUUGAUCCCCAAAUCAAUUCCCCUAAAUUGUCCGAUUUGAUUUCGAGAAUUCAAACCGUAGAAUUAAGGUAUUCACAAUAGAUUUGUGAAUAAUGUCGUCUUCGUCGGGAAGAUCGAGGUCCGUCGCCGAAGGGGAAUUGCAGUUAGUUCCUGCGGCGGAAAGGACCCCUGCAGCUCUACCGCCUCGUCCGCCGGCAUCCACUGCUCUGGUAGAAUACACGCCGCCCGCCGCCAACCCCGAGGACGAAGACCUCGAAGUCAAGCUCAGACGGAUUAACGAGUGCGUCCCUGUUCGUGUCAGCAACACCUCCGGCAGUUCCGCCGGCUCGGGCUCCGGCGAUUUCCAUCAGUAUCGGCAAAUGAGACGUAAAGAACAAGAUCGACUUGCAAGGAUGGAUGCGGAUUUCCAGAAAAGAAAGGAGCUGGCUGAGUUUGCUCAGCGUAGGGAAGAAAGGUUGAAGGCUGCUGAGGAGCGUACAGCCAAGAAGCGUCUGAAACGACAGAAGAAGAAACAGAGGAAAAAGGAAAAAAGGAGUAAACCAGACAAUGCCGGAGCUGAGCAUAACAAAGAACAACAACAAUCUUCCGACGACGAUGAUGAAUCUGACAAUUAGAGAUAAGCCGUCGCCGGUCGACACCGCCGCCAUCAUUGUGUUCGCCUUGUCAAAACUGGCCGAUGUUAGGAAGUCCCGUGGCCAUCUGCGGCGCGUGAGGAACAUGUGCCACUAGUCUCGCCGACCGCGUCGGAGCUUAGCCGCACGAGGUGGCGCGUCCAGCGUCCUCCGGAGGUUGUUUUCCGGCAUCCAGUGUCUGUCUUCCGGCGCCACCUUUUGGCAAGGAAUGCACAUGCGUAGACUCUCUAUCAUCAUAUUGGAUUUGUCAAGUUUAAUUAUGUUCUUACUCAAAUUUUAUCUAACAAAAUUUAAAUAUAGUUAAGGGA